CAGCGCCCAUGGAGUAAAAAUCUAGAUCUAGAAGAUCUAGAUCUAAGUUUAGAAUAUCUAUUUUUUUAAAAAUAUAAAAUAAUCUAGAUCUAUAUUUAAAACAACAAACUAGGCCGACUUCUUACUAGAAUUAGAUCUAGCAGCCCCCUUACAAAGAUGUCAGUCCUACCAAGUGACACAGGGCUGGAUAAGAUUGGCAUAGCUACAGGAACUCACUUAAAUAUUGCCCUCACUACAUCCACUGAUCCGUUGAGUGCUAUUCAAGAAUUUCAGAACCUCAAUGGUAUCGAUGCAGAAUCUCUGAAGAUCGCUCUGCCUUUCCUGGACUUGCAUGGGGUGAAAAGGCUAACUCUCAACCUGUCGAUUUUUGAAACUGUCAGAGAAAGGCUCUUGCAGAAAAUUGCGGAGCUAGCUGCAAGCAGUGAGCCUGAUGCCAUCCAGAAGCUUGAGACCCUGCUGGACAACAGCUUUCCUGCCAUCAAAAACAAGGACAUCAGACCUGUGGUCCUGGCCGUGAUGAAACAUCUCCCUAAAGUAAAAGAUGAGUACCUGCAGCAGCUGCUAGAUGACAAAGAACUGUACAAUGAAGCAUCCACCGAAGUGAAGCGACAGAUCUGGGAAAAUAAUCAAGCCCUGUUUGGUGACGAAGUUCAGCCUUUGCUGGCCAAAUACUUGAAAGAGAAAGAGUGGUCUCUGUAUCGUCAUGACAGCCCCGGCCUCACAUUUUUCUCCUCAAACCCAAAGCAGCGGAGGCAGAAAGAAACUUUGACGCAGCUCCUUGAGAUGAUUGGCUCUAACGUGAAGUUGUACGACAUGGUGCUGCAGUUUCUACGGACACUCUUUUUGCGAACAAGAAAUACGCACUAUUGUACAUUAAGGGUGGAACUUCUGAUGGCCAUCCAUGACCUGGAGCUGAACGCCAUCUGCUCCAAAGACCCGUGCCACAAGUUCACCUGGUGCGUUGACGCCUGUAUCAGGGAGAAAGCUGUCAACACAAUGAGGGCUAGGGAGCUGCAAGGAUUUUUAGAUUCCGUUAAAAAAGGGCAAGAAUUUGUUUUAGGUGACCUGUCUAUGGUUCUGUCUGACCCUUAUGCACUGAAUAUCAUUCUACAGUCCUUGAUGAAGAUGUUACAAACUUGUGUCAACACAGAUACAUUACCUAGGGACAACCCUGACCUACAACUCCUGUGCAGGAUGACAGCUCUUGGCCUCAAUGCCUGGGAGAUGAUUGACAGUGGAAAUUUUAAAGAGCCAAAAAUUGAACCAACAUUCUUCACAAAGUACCUUGCCUACAUUGUGUCCCUGAUGGCUGAAGAUCAGAUCAGGUUUUUCUCCUCCAAAAUCCCCGGGGAGAAACCUUUAAUGCCGCCCAUCCCCCCAGACAUGUACGCCAGCUGGAUAAGUCAGAGUCCCCUGGCUAGUAUGGUUGCCAUGUACUACUGUUUACAGUGUGCUCGGCUGAAGGACAGACCUGCAGUGGUUCAGAUGCUGCCAACAUUAAUCCAUUGUGACAACGACCGGGCUUUCAGCGACACAUUCCUCCAUUGCUUGUCCUCGUACCUCAUUCACAUGAAAGAUGAGUUUCAACAUGAGGAUUUUUGUUCAGCUGUUCUAGAUGAGUUUUUCAUGCCAGCAUCCUCGAGAGAACAUGUGUUGCGACAUUUACUACGUCUGCUUAUGUACGUGCACCACAAAAUGUCUCGGCCCAGGCUGGAAGCCAUCAUAGAAGAUUUAGCCUCGGACAAAGAUAUGUCCGAGUCAGUUCGCUCCACGCUUGAGAUUUUGCAAGAAAAAAUCUCCACCUUUGAGCCGAGUCCGAUGCCAAGCCCAGAAAAACUAGACUCGCCUUUGAUGAGUGUACCAGCCCCGACCCCAGCGCCACAUCGGUGAUGGACACGGUUGAUUGAUCACCAAUUUAUCACCAUCAUCCUCUCAUGCCAUAUUACAUGUUUCAUUGCAUUAGAAAUAAAUUU